CAUACAGUGAGUGAGAGAGAGAGAGAGACUCUUCUUAUCGAUUUGCUCUGCCUGGUGGCUGGAGGAAGAGCUGGAGGCAACAAACAGCGCAUAUCGGUUAGGAAAAGCAGGCACCCACUAGCCCAUUUCUCCGAGGAAUAAAGUGGGAGCUGAGUGAUGGACAGCUUGGCUGUGCUUUACCUGAGCAGCACGGUGAUGGCGCUCGUGUCUCCCGGAAGUGCCGCACCCGCGCACGCACCCGACCUCUACUCGCGCGGAAUGGAUUGGCUGAGCAGAUAUGGGUACCUCCCUCCUCCUGAUCCACGAACAGGGAGACUGCAGACCAAAGAAGGGAUAGAGAGGGCCAUCAGACGAAUGCAGAGGUUUGCAGGCCUGAAGGAGACAGGCAAACUUGAUAAGGACACACUAAAACAGAUGUCAAUGCCGAGAUGCUCACUGCCGGACAUUGUAGGCACUGAGGACAUGCUGAGGAAGAGAAGGAGGAAGAAGCGUUACACACUCUCUGGGUCCAGCUGGGAAACCACUAAUUUGAGAUGGAGUGUCCUGAGUUAUCCCAGGCUUUAUUCCUCACUUUCACAGGAUAAUGUGAGAUCGAUCAUGUUCCAUGCCCUCAAAGUCUGGAGUGACAGCACCAACCUCCAAUUCCAUGCUGUCUCCAAAGAUGAGAUUAAUCGUGCUGAAAUCCGAAUUUCAUUCGAACGCUCCCUCCAUGAUGAUGGCUACCCUUUUGAUGGGAAGGGAGGCACGCUUGCUCAUGCCUUCUUUCCUGGCCAGGCUGACAUCAAUGGAGACACACACUUCGAUGAUGAGGAGACAUGGACGUACGGGCAGCCAGAUGGUGUUGGCACUGACCUCUUCACUGUGGCAGUGCACGAGUUUGGUCAUGCACUUGGUCUCUCGCACUCGUCGGCCAAUCCCUCCAUCAUGCGCCCUUACUACCAAGGCCCAGUAGGAGACGUUACCAAAUACACACUUCCAAUGGAUGACCUGCUAGCCAUUCAGACACUGUAUGGAAGGAACGAGAACAGAGCAACAACUCCCCCUACUGAUCAUUCAACACCACUUUUGCCUGUGUUUCCCAAAACUCCAUCACCAAGAGGGACUAUUCAACCCAACCCUGGCUACCCAGAUCGAUGUGAGGGAGGAUUUGAUGCAGUGGCCAACAUCAGGGGAGAUGUCUUCUUUUUUAAAGGACCUUAUUUCUGGAGAGUGCAGCGAUCUGGCUCUUUGGUGUCACUCAAUCCUGCUCUCAUUAGAAACUUCUGGUUUGGACUGCCACCUGACACAGAAAAGAUAGAUGCGGUUUAUGAGCGGAAAACUGACAGUCGCAUCAUCUUCUUUAUAGGUUCACAGUUCUGGGUUUUCAAGGACACUGUGGCACUGCCUGGAUACCCACGCCCUUUGUCUGAAUGGGGAAUGAGAACUCGCAACAGAAUGGUGGUGGAGCGAGUCGAAGCAGCAUUUGUUUGGGCCCAUAAUGGUCACACAUACAUUUUCAGUGGAGAAGAGUUCUGGAGGUUCACUGAGAAUCAGACACAAACGGUACCACGUCCAGAUGUGAACUACCCGAGAAGUGCCUCCCUCUGGAAGGGAGUGCCCAGCAUUCCUGAUGAUAUCAUGAGCUGGGGAAAUGCAGGAGAUACAUACUUCUUCAAGGGAAACUCUUACUGGGUCCUAAAGAGUGGGGGAAUGGAUCAGGACACAGUGAAUCCUAAAUCAACAGCAACUGAUUGGAUGUUUUGUCCUACUCCGACACCAGCCAUCCAAUCCCCAUUUACCCCACACUGUCCUAAAUGCAGCUGUGACAUUAACAAAGCUUCCACAUUCACUGGACCUUCAUUGCUAAUUAUUUCAAUGCUGUUUCAGUGCAUCAGUGUGCUGAUUUAGACUAAACUGAUUGCUCAGUUGAAUUUGAUCAAAUUUGCGACAUUAUUUCUCAUGCAUAUGUCAGUCAGGGACUUUUGGUUGCUAUGUAUGCUAUUUCACUGCUAGCCUGAAUUGUAGUUUUGUUUACAAAGAAUUUCAAACAAUGACCCUAAACUUAAUCUAAUAUGUUUAUAUGAUAAAUGUCUUUUGGGAACAUUUGAGUGGCUACACUGAUCAAAGUACAAAGCUGUCACAUUUAUGAGCCUAUCAUGGUUCAAUCUGCAAAUAUCUUUUGUUCAUAAAGGGUGUGUAUAGUUUGUGGACAUUUGCAAUUUGCAUAUUGAAUGAAUUUAGACUUUUUGAUAAAGAUACAAGUGUAGGUACCUUGUUCUUCUGACUAAUUAGAUUUAUUUUGCAUAACUCCUAUGCAAUGAAACAUAUUUGUUAUCGUAAAAGGUUUUGGGUGACAAAGUAUUCAAGAUGUUUAAAUAUGCAAGUAUAUGUGAGUAUUCAUUGUUGUAUUCAGUCCUUUGCUAGUGCCUUUUAAGAUCUUAGUGUUUGUUAUGAAAUGCUGUUACUGAUUUAUUUCUGAUUUAUUUAUAACUUUCAUUUUCUGGAUGGUCAGUUCUAUCUGAGAGAUUUGUUGUUAAAUUUCUCUCUCUUUUUAAUCAUAUAAAGUAAAUGUAUAUUAAUUACUGUGGUUCAUAUAGAUUUUUUUAUGUGGGGGGAGGGGCUGUCUGUGUUGCCCUUUGAAGUGCAACGUUUACCCUCCAUAGGUACCUUAAAUUCUGCAAGAGAAUUUUUAUUCUUCAACUUGUUCUUAUUUUAUAGAAGGUUUUACAUGUUUAUUAUUUCAGUCAACAAGAAGACAAUUAGCAGAUUAUUGUGUCAGAGCUGGAGCCUAACUGUCAAACAUGCAGGGGAAAUUUGCAGGUCAGAAUCCCCACAGCAGAGCUAUUUACACAAAGAGCACAGACAGUGUUAGGUUUGAAUUAAUUAUGGGUUUUUUCUUUGUUUUCCUUCUUCCUAUUUACUAUUAAA